AUGCAGGCCAAGAACAAGGUGGUGGUGCUCCAUCCAGAGGGCAGCCAGGUCAUCACUCUCGACCUGUCCAUCGAGGCGCCGGCACCGGCGGCCGGCGCCGCGGCACCGUUGCAGCCGAAGCACGGCACCACAACGGUAUCAAAGAGUAUGGCUCGAGAGGAGAAAGAGACGGCAUCGAAAACGCUGGGGCGCAUCCGGCUGCUUUUUGCGCCGCCGCGGUCGAGCGGGCAGAGCUCGAAGCGGACGACGAAGGAGAAAAUAUUCGCUGACUGCCCUAUUGUGCGCGCCUUCUGCCGCUCCUCCGAUCUCGCAGGGAUGGCGGAGGAGGAUGGUCCACUGGCGGCGCCAGGGGCGACGUCGGUUGUCCUCCCGUUGUUGAACGAAACCGAACGUUUCACGGAGCUGAACCCCGAGCUGCCCAACGGUGUCUUUUGGAGACAUGCUCGGGUGCUGUGCGUCAACGAGACGAUCGUACGCGUGCUCUACAACGUGCCCACGGUCGUCUCCAUCACCUCGCCAGGUAUCCCGUACGUCGGGCUCCCGCUCGCGUGCGCUGACGUGUCGCUGCUCUUUGCGGCCAAGGAGAGCUUGUGCUACGAGUGGUGCGUGUUGUCUGAGGCGUCGGCGAACACGCGCAGCACAAACCACGGCGAAGCGGCCGUACGCGUGGUUGGCACCGCGCCAACGUUCACGCCGACCAGCGAACUCCAGGGCAAGGAGAUGAUGCUGCGCGUCUCGCUGGACCCCGCCACGGGCCUCUGGACGGAGAUGCGCCUGCCCAGUGUCGUGCGCCAGCUACCGCCGCCGGUGCCGCGGUGGCAGGAGACGACGACGGUCGUCAACUACCCAGCUUUCCGCGUCGUGACGUACAACAUCCUCUACGAUGACUUCUGCACAUCGAAGAGCUCCAAGGCGAAGAUAUACCCGUUCGCCACCGACGACAUCCUCGACCUUGAGAACCGGAAGGUGCGCAUUGUGCAGGAACUCUUGGCCUAUCAUAUGGAUAUCGUCUGUUUGCAGGAGUGCGGUCGGGACGUCUUCCAAUCCUACUUUCUGCCUGUGAUGCGCGCGUGCGGGUACGACGGGGUGUACUGCAACAAGUCUGGAUCGGUGAAGGAGGGCUGCGGCUUCCUAUUUCGCGAGUCCCGCUUCCAGCUCGUGCAGUACGCGUCCGUUCCGCUAAACUUUCAAACCCUCUCCAUCAUGUUUCCGGAACUGGCGGAGCGAGUGGGCGCCUGCCCUGAGCUCAAGGAAGCGCUCUCCGCGGUCACCUCCAUUGGGGCGCGAGUGGUGCUGCGGGAAUCGACCAGUGACAAGGAGAUCGUGGUCGGCAAUACGCAUCUUUUUUACCACGCGAAUGCUUGCCAUAUUCGCGUUCUCCAAGCGUACAUGCUUCUGCACUGGCUGAACGACUCCACCCUGAUCUCGCCCGACGCCGACCCAGCGGCGCCGCCGCCGCUCAGUUUAGCCAACCGCGCUCGGCGGCGCCGACCUCUGGUCAUGUGUGGUGAUUUCAACUGCACGCACCCGACCGGUGCAUACCGUCUCCUCACAACAGGGCAGGUGGAGGCCGAUCACCCGUCCUGGGACAAAGGGAGGCUCUUCUGGUGGGGCUGCGCGCGACUGCUCGGCUACGACGACGACCUCGGGGAGCUGUUUGGCAAAGUCGCAGCGCUGCCGCACGCCACGGAGGCGCGAAAGGAUUGCAAGCGGCAAGACAAAUUGCCAGCAGAAACGGCGACACCCACUACGGCUGAUCUGGCAGAGGUCCCUGUAGAGGCAGGCAACCAGGCGCAGGCAGAAAAGGACCCGGUGCAUGGGGAGGGCAGGGAGCGCGUCAUCACAAAGGUAUUUCAUGAGGCGCUCUACGGACCGCAAGUGCGCCUCCAGGACGCCUACCAGCGCACCGACCUUUCACUGCCGUGGACGAACUUCACGCUCACCUUUCGCGAGGUGAUCGACUACAUCUUCUUCUCCGAAGACUCACUGGAAGUGCUACGCACGGUGCCCAUCCCCUCAGAGGCCGAGCUGACAGAGAACUUUGCCUUGCCGAACAAGAAAUACCCGUCCGACCACGUCGCCCUCGUCGCAGACCUCGCCUUCACGAUGCAGUGA